AUGGUGCUAUCAGAACGUCAGCGAGACGAAUUAAAUCAAGCUAUUGCAGAUUACCUUCGGUCAAAUGGCUUCGAACAGGCCUUGAAUGAAUUUACUAAAGAAGCCAGUUUAAAUCCAAAUAUAGACAGCAAAUACGCUGGAUUAUUAGAAAAGAAAUGGAUUUCUGUCGUUCGACUUCAGAUGAAGGUAAUAGACCUGGAGACAAAGUUGGCCGAGGUUGAACGAGAGAACAAGCAACUGCAAGCAAGUGGUGGUUAUGGACCUGUGGGUGCAGCUCCAGGCUCAGGUCUUCCCGGACGGGGUGGAGAUCGACGUGGAGGUGCAGACGCCAUUCCUCGACCUCCUGCCAAACACACUCUCACCGGUCACCGGUCCACAGUCACCCGAGUCAAGUUCCACCCUCAUUACAACGUCUUUGUGUCGGCUAGUGAAGAUGCUACGAUUAAGGUAUGGGACUAUGAGACGGGUGAGUACGAAGCGACACUGAAAGGACACACCGAUGUGGUACAGGAUGUGAGCUUUGAUCCCUCCGGAAAUCUCCUCGCCUCAUGUUCAGCAGACAUGCACGUCAAGUUGUGGGACUUUACAACGUACACGUGCACAAAGACCCUUUUUGGCCACGAUCACAGUGUCUCCAGUAUUUGCUUCCUUCCCUCCGGUGACUUUCUCGUCAGUGCUGGCCGAGACAAAACAAUCAAGAUCUGGGAGGUUGCUACUGGGUAUGUCAGCAGACUUUUUUGCAUGCAUUAA